UCCAUCGAGCUCGCCCGACAUCAAUUGCAAUAACAAUACGACGAAUUUUCUACAGUUUUAAAACGUUUGAAACAGUUCGAACACGUGUCAUCACUUGAAAAUUGAAAACGUUUGAUUUGAUAUCAUUCGCUUCUGUUACUAUUGAAAUGUUUUUUAUGUAAAAAUGGAGAAACCGGCAAAAAUUAAAAAACUCGAUGAAGUAGUAGUCAACAGAAUAGCAGCCGGUGAAAUUAUUCAAAGACCGGCAAACGCAUUGAAAGAACUUAUCGAAAACAGUCUUGAUGCCAAAUCCACAAAUAUUCAGAUCACAGUAAAAGAAGGUGGGCUUAAAUUACUACAGAUUCAAGACAAUGGAACUGGUAUUAGAAAAGAAGAUAUGGAAAUUGUGUGUGAGCGAUUCACAACGAGCAAACUCCAAAAUUUUGAUGACCUCAAGUCAAUUGAAACUUUUGGAUUUCGUGGAGAAGCUUUAGCCAGUAUAAGCCAUGUCGCACUUUUAACCAUCACGACAAAGACUGCGGAAGAAAAGUGUGCCUACAAAGCUUCUUAUAUCGAUAGCAAACUAAAAGGAGCUCCUAAGCCUUGUGCUGGGAAUCAAGGCACAACUAUUCUCAUUGAAAAUCUAUUUUACAAUGUUGCCACCCGACGAAAAGCUCUUUCCAGUGCAGCUGAAGAAUUUACAAAAAUAGCUGAUGUUGUGACUCGUUAUUCAGUUCACAACCCCAAAGUUGGUUUUACUCUGAAAAAACAAGGCGAAGUUCUUCCACAGGUUAGAACACCCCACAACUCCACGAAAAUGAAUAACGUCAAACUACUAUAUGGAAAUCCGGUCGCCCGUGAACUUUUGGAAGUAGAGGCUGAAAACGACUCGUAUAAAUUCAAGAUUCAUGCACUUAUUACAAAUCCAAACUAUACAAGCAAGCGCAUGACAUUUCUACUAUUCAUUAAUAAUCGACUGGUCGAUUCAACGCCUAUACGAAAAAUGGUAGAGGAACUUUAUUCGAUCUACCUGCCAAAAAAAAUGCAUCCUUGGUGUUACAUAUCUUUGGAUAUAAACCCAAACAACGUGGACGUUAAUGUGCAUCCGACGAAGCACGAGGUACGAUUUCUUCACGAAGACGUAAUAAUCGAGAAAAUUAAAAUCAUUCUCGAUGAAAAAUUAUCAAGCAACAAUGCGUCCAGAACAUUUUACCUCCAAGCUAGAAUGCCACAGGUUAACAUCACAAAGGGCACACUGGAAGAAGUGUUGCCUGAGUUCGACAAGGAUAAUGGCGAAAGUACGAAGAAAAUUCACGCUCGCGAGAUGAUACGCACGAGUUCGUCCGAUCAAAAAUUAGACAAAUUUAACUUCACGGUUCAUAGUGAUAGAGCAAAAGGUUCGCAAAAUACAUCGCGCGAUUUAGACUCUGAUAAAGAAUGCAAUAUAUCUGUUGAUCCAAAAGAUUUUGAAACAGAACUUCAGAACGAACACUGCACAAUUACAACAGCAUGCGGUAUAAGUACAAAUUCUGCGAGAGACAAUAUUGUAGAUGUUGAGAAAAUUAGGAGCACAGAGAAUAUAGAAAAAAGUAGGGAUGAAUGUGUGUUAAAACAGACGGAUACGGAAAAAAACAGUAAUGCAUUUUCGAUGAUUGAAAUAAAUCUGGAGAACAUGGAUGAUGUUUUACUCACGAUGAUAGAGGACGGUUUGGAAAAAACAAAUCAAAAGAAAAAUAAGGCUACACGCAUUUUACUGCCGAAAGAAACUCCAAAAGAUAUUGAAAGUUUAACAAAUCAAGAUAAAUCGAAUUGGAGUAAUCUCAUAAGCGAUACAACUUCUAUUGAUUCGCUCGAAAUGGGUAUGAAAGCUUCAGAUAACGUCGUCACGUCGACGCAAACAGAAAAAAUAGAUACAUCGAGCAUUUUGGAUCCACCAAACGCGGAAGAUGAUUCGUCCUCUGACGUACCAAGCGAACCAGUACCGAUCUCUGAAGCUGCUGAUCGGGCAUUAAAAAUUGUUUACAAAUACUACGGAACCCAAGAAAAUAUUGAAUCGAGCAGCAAGCGUUGCGAAAAUUUCCAGGAGUCUGACGUUGAAAAUGAAACUGUUCAGAGAAAAAAUAUCGCUGCAUCGGAGGCAGAUACAAUUUCUUCCAGCGAAGGAACGAUAACACCCGUAUCGUCGGGAUUCAAGUCAUACUCCGUCAAUAAAUUUCGUAUUCAAGUCAAAUUGCACAGUAUUUUAACACUCAGAAAAGAAAUUGAGGAUAAUUAUCAUGAAGGACUCCGCGAUAUACUUUCAAAUAUAAUUUUCGUUGGUAGCGUCGAUGAAAAAUCGGCCCUUGUACAGAGUGGCCUUAAUCUCUAUAUCUGUGACACCAUGAAACUCGCGGAAGAACUAUUUUAUGAGAUAAUGCUGUACGAUUUCGAGAAUUAUGGAGUAUUCAAAUUUUCUCAACCAUUACCUCUCGACGAAUUGGCGCUUUUGGGUUUGGAAACUGAAGGAACAGGAUGGACUGAAGAGGAUGGACCGAAAGAUGAAAUAGCAGCCAGGGUGAAAGAACUGCUUCUUGAAAAGGCAGAUUUACUAAACGAUUACUUCUCAAUUAAUAUCGAUAAAAGAGGAAAUAUAAAAUCAUUACCAGUAUUAUUAGAUAAAUACAUUCCAUAUGAGGCAGAGCUCCCACUUUACAUACUUCGUCUCGCAACUGAAGUUGAUUGGACGGCGGAAAAGGUGUGUUUCGACGGUAUUUGUCGAGAGACAGCUAAGUUUUACAGUCACGUUAACACAAGUAACGAGGCUCAAGAUUGGAAACACGUAGUUGAGCACGUUUUGUAUCCAGCGAUAAAAGAAAGUCUUUUACCACCCAAAUGCUUUGCUCACGAUUCGACGAUACUUCAAAUCGCCAGUUUGCCCGACUUGUACAAAGUGUUCGAGAGGUGCUGAAAAACUAACAUUCUCAUGCAUUUACUUUACAGGAUUUUAAUUUGUCAUAGAAUACUUUUUUCUUUGAAACAAAUACAUAUUUAUAUUCAACACAA